UAACCGAAGACGAAGAACCGAGCCUCAAACCGGUGGCUCGCUAACUUUAAUAUUAGUUUAUCAUUAGUCUGACGUUAAACACAAUGGAGGCUGCUGAGAAUACCGCAGAAACAAACCAUAAAACGAUCAACAUAACCGUCGUCCGUGGAAAUAACCUGCAAGGUGGAAAGACGGGCGGCCUCCAGAGUUUUGUGCAGGUUGAAGUGGAUACACAUGUGCUGGGAGAGUCGGAGAAGAAGCAGCUGGACCCAGCGGAGCAGCGCGUUGACUACGACUUCACCUGCAGCUUCCACUGCCCCAGUACCGCCCAGGCCCUCAGUGACAUGGCCCACAAACCCAUCAUAUUGACGGUGAUGGAGUUCCUGCCCGAGGAGAAGAAAGUUGAGGCGAAGACAGCGAUGCUGGGCCAGGCUGUGGUCGACCUGCUGCCGCUGCUACAAGGUCGGUGCAGCUUCUCGUCCACAGUCCCACUGAAUCCAGGGAUGGCCUCCUCAGCCACAGAGUCCUCCCUGGACUCCUUCUGCAAGGUUGUGACCCCCCAUCAGUCCACCCUGGAUGUGUGUGUCAGCGUGUUGAAUCCAGUGCUGUCCGAGGCUGAACUAUCAGCCUCCAACCUGCUGAAGGUUACAGUGGAGACCGCUUUCUCCAUCCCCGAGUCAUGGACAUUGCAGUCCGGCCCCGCCUCCACUCCCUGCAAAUACACUGCUGCCCUGGAAGUCCCGCUUACUGCACAGAAAGACCAGGUGCUGUUGUUCUGUGAGGGGAAGCUGAAGGCAGGCGGGCAGAGGGAGCAAGAUGGCCGACAGAGGAAGUGGCCCCAUCAGGCCCUGCUGGUCCCGGGGAACCUCUUCCUGCCCGCUGCCUUCCUCCAGGAAGAGCCCAUGGAGCAGGAGGAUGGCGAGCUGACUGGCUUACAGGACCGGGAGUUUCGCAAAGAGGCGGAGACCAUGAAGAAUAGGGUGAGCUGGGACACAGAGAUGCGCUGCUUCCUGGAUGCAGGAGGAACCACUAGGCUGCAGCAGAAGAUCACUGAGAGCAGACUGUGGCCGGUGGAGAUAAUGAGGUCGACAAAGGCAGUAAAGAUGCUGGAUGAGGGGAACCCAGAGAUCCCCUUCCAUGGUGUGGCGUUUGUGGACAUGGGGCGGCUGCUGUAUCCUGGAGUCCGCCGCAUCCGAGGAGCAUACAGCAUUCAGCCCUUCUCCGAGGCUGAGUUGCUGAAAAAGGCCAAGCAGAGCGUCAGUGUGUUGAAGGAGCAGGCCAAGGCUGCAGCCAACGAGGUCAAAGCUUGUGCUGGCUCAGCUGCAGGCUCUUACAAGGCGAAGGCAGGGAAGAAACUGGAUGGAGGGAGAUCGAAGGAGCCAGCCAAAAAGCAACCUGCUAGUCAGUGCAAAAUGACUCCAGCCGGCGCGGUGGCCGAAAGUGAGCCGCACGUCAAUAUGAAGGAAAGUAUUUAUGGGGAGGCCAGAACUUAUAUUAUCAUUGAGAUAGCCUUGGAGAAACCGCUGGUACCCAAACCAUCUCCAGAGGAACUGUCCAGAAGGGUGAAGGCGUUGAUCCCACCCAGAACUCCACUUCCAGUGGGUCCCGGCAUAGCAGAAAGAGCAGUGCUGGACUUCCACAGACAGGUGGGCAACGUGGUGACCAAUGUUUGGCACCAGUACGGGGAAUUGUUCGGAGCCAGAUGCAAGCCGCCGGAAAACUGCAGCCGGGAGCAAAUGAAUGUUCAGAUGAUGGGAUCGCUCAAUGACUCUGGGAGAUAUCUCGCCUUCAAGGAACAGAUGAAGCAUGCAGUGGUGAGGAUCGUACGCGACAAGAUGCAGCGAACUGAGUCAUUCACUGACCCUCAGGAGCUAAAACUUUUUGUCAGCCAGCUCUAUGUAUACCUGGUGGACGAGAUGCACAUAGCUAUCAACAAGAUUUAUUCAGAUGACGUCGUUGAUGAUGACUCCCCGGAUGAGAUCCAGUUGAGUUCUUCUCAGCUCAGACAUUUUGGCAGAGAGGCUCAGCUUACUGGGGAUUAUCAGCAGGCUGUUCAGUACUACCAAGAGUUGGUGGUGAGGCACCCGAAUGAGCCCUCCCACAGGUUUGAGUGGGGAAGCUUUUACAUGCAGACCGGAGACUACAUGAAGGCCAAAGAGUGUUUCCAUAACUCCGUGUCCGUCCAGCAGGCACACCAGCCCAGCCUGAUGAUGUGCGGGGUCUUGGCAGCGAUGUCUGAGUGUCACAAGGAGGCCCAGACCUUCCUGGAGAGGGCCACCAGCAUCGACCCGCCCAGUGUGGUGGCCUGGACGCUGCUGGGUUUGCUCCAUGAGAUGCAGAGCGACUCCAUCCUGGCUGAGAGGGCUUUCCUGGAGGCCAGAAGGCAGCUGAGGGCAAACGAAGCAAAGAAGAGGGAGGAGGAGACGACGGACAGGGAGAAAGACGAGGGGGAGGAGAAGAAAGACGAGGGGGAGGAGAAGACAGACGAGGGGGAGGAGGAGGAGGAGGAGACGACAGACAGGGAGAAAGACGAGGGGGAGGAGGAGAAAGACGGGAGGGAGGAGGAGAAAGACGAGGGGGAGGAGGAGAAAGAGCAGCGAGAGGAUGAGGAGACAGACACGGCUGCAUGUCAGUCUCCCACCGAUAAGAAAGACCCAAAGUGUGGAGACCAGGACCAGAACCAGGACCAGAACCAGGACUCAAAGGUGCAGAGAGACUCUCCAGUGCAGCGCGUCGGCUCCAGAUCAGCUCCAGCUAAACUCUCCUCCACCAUUUACACAACGACUGUUCAGUUCCUGCUGCAGAACUGUGCUCUGCAGAUGGCGGAGCGAGCUCUGUCCCUGGAGCUGUUGUUAGACGGUGGUCCCAGCGUCUCCUACCCUCUCCUCCUGGCCCAGUUGCAGCUGCUCAGAGCUGACUACUGCGGUGCCGCCGCCAGCCUCGAGGAUGUGCUGUUUCACAGAGAUGCGUGGGCGCUGAACGGUCACGUUCACUUCCUGCGGGGGGCGUUCACUGAUGCGAUGGAGAGCUACGAGCGGAGCCUGAACUUCCCGCAGCCGCCGUCAGACACUCACCUGGUCCUCCUCCGCCUGGGAUCCAUCUACCUCCAGCAGGAGAAGUUUGACCAAGCCAAAGGUGUCUACCUGCGGGCUUGUGAGGAGUCUGCCUCCUGCCUGACCUGGCUGGGCCUGGGCACCGCCUGCUACCGACUGGAGGAGCUGUGUGUCGCUGAGGAGGCUUUGACUGAGGCCAACCAUCUGAACAGCCAGAAUGCAGAGGUGUGGGCUUACCUGUCUCUGAUCUGCCUCAGGUCGGGCAAACGAGAGGAGGCUGAGCAGUUCUAUAAAUACGCAACAAGGUUCAACCUGCUGAAGGAGUCGCUCCUCAAAGAGUUCGGUGAGCUGAAGCAUCAGCUCCUCUUCACUCAGCUAAUGUCCUGCUUAGAAACAACCUCGUAAAGUUAAUUUCAUACAAAACACACACGUUUCAGAAGACAUUUUUAUUGUACUUUAAGCAUUUAACACUUCAUGGGAAAAUGAAACACGGUCAGAUUUUACAGACUGUGGAGAUCAGCAACUGUCAAAGCUGCAAUAAAGUCAAACGCUGUUCAAUAUCCACAUUACAAACAAACUCAAAGCAACACAAAUAGUCUCAAAUGUGUAUAAAACAACUGUAAUAUUGUCUGUUAAAAAAUAUACAGCAUUAACAAAAGAAAAGACAAACGGCAUGUGGUGACAGCUAUCA